CUAGAGUAACGCCCCCUUGGAAAGUCCGAGCAGACGUCUUUUUGUGAACAACAAAAUAAUUGAUAUCAACAAUACAUUCUGGAGUUCUUUGUUAAUCUGUGAUACCGGAUCGGCUACGCUUGCAUUUAUUACACCUUUUUUACCAUGUGGCUGUACUUAAUGCUGGGGAUUGCUUUCGUGAUUUUCAUAUUUUUGGCGCUCAUGCCAGACCCAACACCUCGGUGCGGAAAGUAUGUGCAGCCCAACAAAUGGUAUCCUAUAAAGUACUUGAUUUUCCGCGCGUUGUUGUGGUUGCGGCGAAGGCGAAACAGGACCAUGAAGCAGACGACAGGACAAGGAGCUGGUUACGGCAUGCGGUCGCGGACAAGCCCUGAGGAUAUGGACAAGGUCCAGAUCCUUCCUCCAGACCAUCCGAAGGCUGUUGAUGCAGUUUAUUUCAAUGGUGGGAAUGCAGAAGGAACAUACAUCGUGGCAGCAACAGCCAGACGACAUAACAGUUUGGUUCAGACUAUCUUGUUGUUAAGGUUUGCAGACUUAGGGAUACUGGAGAUGCCAAAUAUGCCUGACACAAAUUUACAGGGUGAGGAGAACAAAUUUGCUGCAGGCGGUCUGUUGCUGGAACCAGUUGAGGCCAUGAAAACUUGGAGACUUUCCUAUCAAGGAAAGAUGAGAAUAAAGAAGGACAAGAAAGAAGUGAAUGUAAAGUUCAUCCUCAACUGGAAUAAUUUUACACCAUUCUUUGACUUCGACACUGACAUGCACCCUGCAAUGAUGGCAGAUGGCAUUGCACGAGAAAAGUGGAGUCGUGAAUACUUUAGCACCCUUCAGAGGCAGCAUCAAACACACUAUGAGCAGUUUGGAAUCCUCACUGGAAACAUUGAAAUUGAAGGCUAUGAGACCCGCAGAGUGGAGCUGAGAGGUGUUCGGGACCAUUCCUAUGGUAACAUACGGGACUGGAAAAGCCUUCACCGCUAUGGGUUGCAGUAUAUCAGCCUUGAAGAUGGGUCAGCCAUAUGUGUUGGAGCCAUUUCCAUGCCAGUCGCACUCUCCAGAUUAACUGUUGGUUAUGUAUUUCAUCCUGAUGGCCACAUGGAUGCUGUUUCAUCAUCAGAAUUUGAAUUAUAUGAUCAUGGAGAAGAUGGGAGACCUCCCAAAUCACUUAGAUUCAAGUUUUCUGCAGGUGGGAAGCAAUAUGACAUGGAGUGCAUAGUCCUGGACUGUCCAAUAUUUUACAUGGGUGAAGAAUGGGAUGCCAAAAUAUACGAGCGAUUCUGCCAGUACCAAGUCAAUGGACUUAAAGGCUGGGGUAUUAGUGAAUGGGAUUACAGGAACUAUGUUGGAAAGGAGGCAGAACAGGAAUGGUAUGCAAAGCAUGAAGCGUGAGCUUGGUCAUGCUAUCAGUUUCUUGCCUAGUUUUGACAGCAUUGUUUCUAUAAAGUUUCUUUGAGCAGCCUAUUGAUACUGAACUAGAAGAGCUGCAAUUAAAUGUGAAUAUGAAUAAUAGUCUGCAGGGGUUGAUCUCAGUCAAUUGACUAAUGUCAAGCCAUUUUUAUCCUUUUCCUCCGAUGUCUUUCGCCAUCAUAGUUUGUAUUUUAUUUUGAAGUUUCAACUGAAAAACACUCAUAAGAAUUUUUUUUUUCAUUUUUGAAAGCAAAAAUUGCAAUAAGAAUUGACUAUUUUUGUGAUUUUUAUAAUGAAAAUAAAUUAUGAGAAAAAUGUUUUAGGUGUCUGUGCUGUAAUCAAAUUAAUCACAAAUACAUAAAAGCAAUGGUUAUGUUCAAGAUUUCUUUUUGUGAGAAACAUGUGCACACAAAUACAGAUGUGAUACACAUUUGGCUAAAAGCAAUGACCUUACAGCUGCCCAAAGAGAUUUUCUUUUUAAAUUGUCUGAUGACUAGAAAUAAGGAGCUGACAAAAUUUUCAUUAGCUAGAACUACCACCUCCCUACCAACAAGUAGAAAGAACUAGAGCCCCUGGCAGAGCUUUGGGGUACUGCUAGUAUACAAAUAAAAUAUUUCAAGCGGUAUUACCACUUAAUUGUUGGUGAUGAUAAGUCCUCACCUCAAAGAUCCUAAAAUAUGAUAUCAGAUCUCAUGAUGACUUUGAAUCUUACUAUUAUAAAUACCAGUUGCUAAACCGGAUGUGAAUGAGUAUCAGUAUAAUAACACAUCUUUUAUUAUAAAUAUCAGUUGUUAACUUUGAUGUGUUUGUGUCCCAGCACAAAAAUACAUCAUUAUAAAAAUCAACUGCUAAACUGGAGGUUCUUGUGUAUCUGCAAAAUAACACAUCUGCACAUGCACAUUGAUUCUGCACACAAUACAGAUUCUGGCAGAACAGUUUAUUCAACAUUUGCAGGAGAAUAUGACAAAAGAUUGCAUAUUUGACAUUUAUAUAAGGUUUUAUAACCACA